AUGGAUAAAUGCGCCAGAGAUAUCGCCAUGAUAAUUGAGGAUGUGCAGGGCUCCAUGAGCAUUCCUGAUAAGGAAGUGUUUCUGCGUCAACAGACGAAACAAUUAGGAGUACUUGUUCAGACUUACUCCGCGAUUUGGUCGGACAAAGAAAAAUUGGUCAUUACUAAUCGAGUGUAUAGGUAUAAAGUCGAGUAUUUAGCAUCCAGAGUGAAGCGGUCUCUCAAUAUCGUCGCAAAAUUCUGCAGAAAUUUGAUUUUUGAAAUAGUCGUGGACUGCUGUAAGGACGAUGGAAAAUUCACGAGACUUCUAUUUGGACUCGUCAAGGCUUACAAUGAUGCCCUUGAUUUAGACUGCAAUGUCUCCUCACAAUCCACAUCAGUGAAUAUUUACUCGAACGAUUGUCCAUCGAUGCUGGAGCCCUUGAAGAAAAUUUCAGUUACCAGAAUCCUACAAGUCCUAGCGAAAAACAAAGCGGAAGAGAAUUGCCACGAACUCAUCGAUUGUCUCCUCAUGAAUUAUCAACCGAGGAAUGAAGAAGAGAUGAAAUCCCCGCAAUCUUGGGAUGUGGAAAUGUCUGAAAAUUCGAGUAUUGAAAUAUACCGCGCCUUGACAAAGCACAUGACUCCACCAGGAGACAUCGCACUCCCAACCGAGAAGAAUAAUCCCGAUAAAAUUGACCCAGUGAAUUCGGAAAAUGUGGAAAGUAUAGAGACCCUCGUGGAAAAUCAGUCUCUCCACGUGGAUAAACUCAUGGAUGCUAUACGAGAAAUUUACCCGCAAUUAUUCGGGAUGGAGAACAUCAAGUAUGACUGCCGAGGUGAGACGAAGGUGAAAAAAAGUGCAUUGACACGGCUCUCGGAUUACUAUCAACAUGUCGUAUGGGCCGCAAUAUCCGGUAUAUUGGAUCAUGUCGUGCUCUGGUGGUCCCCCGAGGGCCUUGCUGCACGUCACAGCCAAGGGGCACAUCACCUCAAGGACUGGCUCCGACGAUUCAUCCAGACGAAUGAGAUCUCAUCAAUCGUCAGACCAGCACUUCUGAACCUCUGUGAUGCCCUGGGCUGUCACGUCACAGCCACUUGCUGGGAUGAGCUCUUCAGACUAGCCUACAUCGCAUCCUUCGAGUGCUGCUCAAAGCCCUUUUCCUCCGAGGGAACGGACACUGGCCAGAUGUUUGCUGAAUUAUGGCUGGACUACAUUUACCUUCACCGUAUUAAAUUCUCUGAAUUUGGAGCUCUACAGCUAUUAACAGAUUUCGCUCACGUCUCUCGUUGGGUGACCGAUUGUCCCAUCAUCUCCCAAGGGGUCAAAGGUCAUUUAUUGAAGAACGAGCUUCUUCGACGGUGUGAAGGAGUUGGAAGAUUGCUAUUGAGGCAUCCUGGGGAGGCGAUUGCUAUGCAGAAGCGUAGGUACCGUCGAACAAACGAUAAUGGAUCUCCACAAUCUUUGGGACUGGAGAGAAUGCCAGCAGAGAUGUAUGUCCCUAAUCAACAGCAAUGGCUUGAGCUCAGAGCCUCAAAGACUUACAAACUCUACUGUUGCACGGAUUAACGAUUUUUUCACGGGCCAGCCCUUGAAGCCCAAAAAGAGCAAGAAGCCCUUCAAUCCCAUGUGAACUUUGAACGUGAACUUCUAUUCUUCUUAUCAUAUUUCUAGAUAUUAUCUGAUUUCCUCGGUGUUGCCUUCAUGUUUUAUCGCUCAAAUAAUUCAUUAGAUUCCAAUUUAAUGAAAUUUGAUAAGAUUAAUGGAAUUUAAUGAAGCCAGUGUUAUAAUAGAAUUUGUCUGGAACAUUGAUCGCUCU